AUGGCAGAAGACAUGGCCACAAAGGUUGGGAAAUCUCAAUCUUGGGCCCCUCGGGAGCAGCAUGUGACACCAAGAUCGGAAACAACCCAGGGUGACGAGACAGCACGCAAUAGUCAGGAGCCGGAUGCCAAAUCUGAUGCCAAGGGAGAAGUUGACGAUACCUUUCAGGGUCUUGCGACCCCGAAAAUCAUUCUCCUGAUGCUAUCGUCACUAUUCAGCAUGAUGCUGGUAGCUCUGGACAGAACCAUUGUGACAACGGCAAUUCCCGCCAUCACCAACGAGUUUAAUUCACUCCCUGAUGUAGGCUGGUACGGGAGCGCAUAUUUGAUGACCUGCGGUGCUUUCCAACUCCUUUUCGGUAAACUCUACACCUUCUACUCUGCCAAGUCGGUUCUCUUGACAAGCAUUCUACUCUUCGAGAUUGGCUCUGCCAUCUGUGGUGCUGCGCCUAAUUCGGCCACACUCAUUGUGGGAAGAGCAUUUGCUGGAGUUGGCGCGGCUGGUAUUCUGGCCGGAUCUGUCACGACCGUUGUCUACUCGGUCCCUCUGAAGAGGCGUCCGGCGGUGCAAGGUGCUCUGGGUGCCUUCUUCGGCCUUGCCAUCAUCCUGGGCCCUUUGAUCGGAGGUGCAUUUACCACUCAUGUCACGUGGAGAUGGUGCUUUUACAUCAAUCUUCCCAUCGGUGGAGUCGUCAUCAUCAUUGUGGCGGCUUUCCUGAAAAUUCCCGAACAAGAGUCAACAAAACUCCCGCGGAAGGACAAGAUUUUGGGCCUAGAUCCCCUGGGUACCUUGUGCCUUGUGUCCAGUGUCAUAUGCUUGGUAUUGGCGCUCCAGUGGGGGGGUUCGAUAUACGCCUGGAAUAGCGCAUGCAUCGUAUCAUUGUUGACUGUGAUGUCGGUAUUGACUGUUGGCUUCAUCGCUGUUCAAAUCCUGCUUCCAAAGACUGCCAUGAUUCCACCGCGUAUUUUCAAAAUCCGCAGUAUCUGGGCAGGCGUAUGGGAAAUGGCUUUUCUCGGCGCCGGCAUGUACAUUUUCAUUUACUUCCUUCCCAUCUGGUUCCAGACGGUCAAGGGUGACUCGGCUGUGACGUCCGGUCUCAAGCUGCUACCCUUGAUGCUGGGACUGCUCGUCUCGUCGAUUAUCUAUGGAGCCACUGUGGAAGAGACUGGAUACUACGUCCACGCCGGCCUCCUUGGCGCCGUUGUCAUGAUGGUCGGCGCCGGCAUGCUCACCACCCUCGACGUGGACUCGAACAGCGGCAAGUGGAUCGGCUAUCAGGUCCUGUUCGGGCUUGGCAUGGGCGCCACUGUCCAAACGCCAAACCUUGCCGCGCAAGUGGUGCUGUCCGACAAGGAGGUGCCGGUUGCCCUUGCAAUGUGCUUCUUUGCCCAGCUCAUCGGCGGAUCGGUAUCGGUCCCUGCCGGAGAGAACGUCUUGACCAAUCAACUGAUCAGGAGACUAGCUGGCUUCCCUGGUUUUGACCGCAAACUCGUCACCUCUGGUGGGGCGACUGCAUUGAUCGACGCACUGCCGCUUGAUUUGAAGCCCACGGUUCUUCAGGUGUACAACGACGCCAUUCGGCAUGUGUUUCGGAUUGGUCUGAUCUUGACGUGCUUGAUCAUUAUUGGCGCAGUGCUUCUGGAGAACAAGAACACGCGACGCCCCCCCAACAAGGAUGGCGACAACAAGGGCGACAGGACUGGCCCUCGGGACGAGGAGAAGGCGGUUGAUACAGCCACCGAGGUUCCGCAGCACGAAUGA